CGUUGGGAUAGGACUACCAGUGCAGAGGACUUGAAGCAAGCUGAGAGGGAGAGCUUUCUCGAAUGGAGGCGACAGCUUGCCCAGUGAGUAUGCUGCUUGUGUCUGGCCUUGAAGAAGAAAAAAAGUUAAUUCUAACCCCAUUUGAACGAAACUUGGAAUUUUGGCGUCAGCUUUGGAGAGUCAUUGAAAGAAGUGAUAUUGUAGUCCAGAUAGUAGAUGCUAGAAACCCCCUUCUGUUUAGAUGCCAAGAUCUGGAAAGUUAUGUUAAGGAAGUCAGCAAUGACAAGGAGAACAUGAUCCUGAUAAACAAAGCAGAUUUGCUGAGUGAGGAGCAGCGGGCUGCUUGGGCACAGUUCUUUGAAAAAGAGGGCGUUAAAGUGGUGUUCUGGUCAGCUUUGGCAGAGUGCAAACGGCUGUCCGGAGAAGCAAAGGAGCUAGAUGCUGAAGAUGUAGCAGAGGACCUGAGUGAUUCUGCGGAUGAAAGCUCCAGUCAAGAAGAAGACAACACAGCGGAAGAUAGCGCAGAAAGCACAUCCACAGGCAGUGCUUUGCAAACUGUGAACCAAGUUCUGGUUAGUGAUGAUGACAGUAGUGAUGAAUAUGAAGACUGUGAAGAUGAUGAAGAGGAGGCCUGGCAAACCUGUUCUGAAGAUGAAGGCGGGGACAAAGUAAAUGCUAUUGCCCCAGAGAGGAUGGAAAGCAGGACUGAUGGUGCUGCAGUGCAGCAUGUAGUGCAGGAGCAGAACAGGAACAUCAGGAACUUCAGCCAUCUGGUACAGAGAAACGAGUUGCUGGAGAUACUCAAAACCAUGCACAGUGGACCAAGGGUGAAGGAUGGGGAAGUAAAUGUUGGGCUGGUUGGUUACCCUAAUGUUGGCAAAAGUUCAACCAUCAACACAAUCCUUGGAAAUAAGAAGGUGUCAGUGUCUGCUACGCCGGGCCGUACAAAACACUUUCAGACCCUGUAUGUGGAGCCUGGCCUGUGCCUAUGUGAUUGCCCUGGUCUGGUGAUGCCAUCUUUCAUCUCUACCAAGGCAGAAAUGAUUUGUUCUGGGAUUCUGCCUAUAGACCAGAUGAGGGACCAUGUCCCACCCAUUUCUCUAGUCUGCCAGCAUAUCCCCCGAAACAUUUUGGAAGCAACCUAUGGAAUAAAUAUCAUAAGGCCAAGGGAAGAUGAGGAUCCAGAUCGAAAGCCAACAGCUGAAGAGGUGCUAACAGCGUACGGAUAUAUGAGAGGCUUUAUGACAGCUCAUGGACAGCCAGACCAGCCGAGAUCAGCUCGAUAUGUGUUAAAAGACUAUGUCAGUGGGAAGCUGUUAUAUUGCCAUCCACCACCUGGCAUUGACCCAAACGAUUUUCAGCACCAGCAUCUAGGAUGCCCGGAGAGCAGAACUGUGCAGGAGGCCAGUGGACAGAUGAAGCCUGAGAAAAGUACCAAAGCAAAACAAAUUGAAAAUGUGGUGGACAAAACAUUUUUCCACCAGGAGAACGUUCGUGCCCUGAUGAAGGGGGUCCGGGCUGCGAUGGGAUACCGGCCCGGCAGCGGCCUUGUGACUGCAGCUACACCCAAUCCUGGGAAUGUGGUAGGAAAGCCCUGGAAAAAACAUGGAAACAGGAACAAGAAGGAGAAAAUUCGCAGGAUCACUAAGCACUUGGAGGCUUAGCUGUGGCACUGGUAUCUGGCCUUUCCAGGGCUAGUCCUGCACUGGCCUGCAGGCCUGAACUGAGAGGGGAAAAAAAGGAUAAGUCGGCAUUGCUAGCUCACCUGGAGCUCCGUGCUAUGGAUUGGCCUGGGCAGGGGAUAAGAGGGGGCUCUGAUACUUGGCGCUCAUCCCUUGCGAGAACAGAAGAGACCUGGCCAUUCAUGUUAUCUGGAAGCCAGCCCAGAUGUUUGACUGCUGCUGAAAUGUCCUUUCAAUGGGAGCAGGUGGAGCCAUGCAGGAAUGUUUUUUCCUUCCAUAAAGGAUGUAUUUUAUAGCUGUUGGGAUCAAAGCAAGCCCUGUGAAACUGACUAAAAUCUUUAAACAGUGGAAUCUCAAUGAGUGAUGUUUGUUACAUUUUGAGACUCUAUUGCUCAUCUUUCUUUAUUUUUAAAGUGUGUUUGUUGAUUUGACAACGCUUUAGUGUGUUGAAAAAUGAGGUAAAAGGAUCUUUAUUGCCCUCUUCUUUCUCUGCUAUACCAGCCCUAUUCUGUAGAAUCUGGUACUGAAACCAUUCCCUAUCUCCCAGCUUGAGGCAGAGCAGAGCACACCAUGCAAGGAAAACGCUGCUUUUAUGUCCUUCACACUGAGCUGGUAUCAGUUGUUUUUCUGUGUGACGGUAUUUUAAAACACUAGCUCCGUGUGACUGGCCAAAUAUCUGGUGCUAAUUUGUCCUUAAAAGUAUAUUUGAGGUUUUACUUCCUAUGUGGUGCCAUGUUCUGCCUUACUGACCUGUUGGGCAUUGGCCUGGUGACAUAAUAGCAAAUUUUAAUAUGUACAUUAGUAUUUGACACUAAAAAGACUGUACUUCCUUGGGGUUAGACUUAAGUGAGAUUUACUCCUUGGUUGCCCUCUGAGAAGAUGUUUGUGCACUUGGUCAAUGCUCUUCGUUCAGCGCAGGGAGUAAUGGUAGGCCUGGAAAGUCUCGCAAAGACAAGUUGUGCUUUGUUUUUAGGUGGUGAGGCAGAGUAACAGAUGACUGGUCUCUGAUACUAAAAAAAGGGAUUGCUGUCUUGUAAUUUUGCACUUUUCAGGCCUUAAGUACAGAUGGAGAGGUGAAACCAACUGCUGAGCAAAGCCACAGCAGAUGUGGGGGGUGCAACCAAGCUGGUUUUGGCUUUGUCUGGUACAGCCAGCUUGGCACUGUGGAUGUGGAGGGUCCUGUGACAGCAGAGCUCUCACCUCGGCUCCUGCUUCCCCUGGAGAACUUCCUCUCAAGUUCUUAAUUACAUCACUGGAGGGAGGAUAUUUCCCUGGCACUCGAAAAACUAAAGCAUAAUUAUACUGAAUGAAUAUGGUUGAUGGUAUUUUAAGCCAGUGUACUAUAGUGGAAUGUAGACUCUCAGGACAGACUGUUUAUCCGGUUUUCCUGGAAAAGGUGAUUUUUGCCUUUGUUUCCUGAAGAGGUUGUGCCCUAGCCAAAUCAGUCUCUGAUCAGACUUCCCCACCUUCCUUGGAAGGAUGGCUUUUGCUUUUGUCCCUUACAAUACUUAAGGGACCUGAUUGCUCAGAAACGCCCAUUUCUUUUUGUCCUGUCUUGUGUGAAGCUAUUACCUGUCAAACGUAAGUGAAGGAUAUCCCAACUUAAGUCUUAGAAAAAAAUACUUUAUUCUGUUUCUUUCCUUCAAGGAAUCUUGAAUUCUUUGUUCUGUUGCAGGUACAUGAGUUUUCUUCUUUGUAUUCUCAGCCCUGUCCUGCCAGCUGGGUCUCCACGAGCCUCUGUGCUGGCCAGGCUGUGUCCUUGUGUAGGCCCUUCCAAAUCUACUGAAUAACAUCAAUCCCUAGGGCCUGAGGCUUGGGAUGACUGCUUGUUGCUCACAGAAACUAUUGGCCACAAGACCUGCCAAACCACUUGCAGUGUUUGAGUGAGUGAGUGGAGGAUAAUGUAAAUACAGCCGAGCAAAUCAUGUUUGCUCAGGUUUGUUAAAUGCAAACUGCUCCUUCCUGUGCUAAGGGACUCCUGCCUCGAUAGAAGAAGGACCGUAAGCAAGAGUUGUGGACCUAAAGGCUUGUUAAUAUUUUAUGCUGCUAUUGAGCAGUGGGCAAACUAGGUAAUAGGCGAGGAUCGUGGUUACAUUAAUGCUUUCCUGUGGUGGUUUGGUCUGUUGCUGAAUCACAUCUGCCCUGCCCUUGCUGUGUUGACAGCUCAGUGCAGCUCAGACGAGCAGCUGGCAGGCAUGAGGCAACGCGGGGACUGCUCUGUGGUCAGGAGCCUGCACAAAGGAGAUGUUGUGCUUCGCCCUGGCCACCUGCUGAAGGAGCCUCUCUCAGCUGCUCCCGUUGCUUUCCACAGAAGGCAAGUUUCCAUUUUUGAGUGUUGAUUUCUUAAGGCACCUUGUGCAUCUUGAGGGAGCAUGCAGGCAACAAUAUGGUUUGAAGCUGAACUUGCCUUUUACGGUAUCUUGCGCUUGCAUCGUGAACUACAGUUUUCCUCCCUGGAGGGCAGGAGCUGGAGCUGCCAAUUUUCUCUGGGUUUCUUCUGCCUAGUGUAGGGAGCCCUAGUCCGGCCAGGGUGAACUCCAGGCUGUCCCAGGCUCACUCAAGGGUCUCUUUACUCUAUAUUAUGUUUAUUUGGGCUGUUAAAGAGAAAAAAGGAAAUCUCUUGUAUAACUUGCCAGAUGUGAAACUAGUAGGGCUAAAUUAUCUCACGAGUCUUCUAGAGCUGUCUGAAAGGAUGAGAUUUGCCAGGGAUAAGUUUGUCUCCCUCCUUAGCUGUAGCUGGCACAGCCCUGCGGAGAAGCUGCUGAGAAGUGAGGGAAUUUCACAGGGCUCCUGUUGGUGGUGUUACAUUGGCCCUUCUUUCUCCUGUCUGCCUGCUAGUUAGUAGAGUUUUAUUAUCAGGAGAGGGGCAAGACUUGUUAUUUUUCAGAGCUUCUCUGCUACCUCUGGGUAGUCUUGCUUAGUUUCUGCUAAGGGCUUUUCCCACUCAGGCUGCUGCUGUUGCUGCAAGAGGGUUUCUGUGCAGGUUGCCCUGGUGCAACAUUGGCCCCAGCUCUGCCCUGGAGAUCCGGAAGGCUGGGACUGUCCUUCACACACAGGACUUGCCAUUGCAUGGCAGAGCUGCUGUGUAGGCUGUCAGUCUACUAGAAAAUGUGCUUUGCAGGGUCUGUUUGGGGGGAGAGCAAUUUUUUUUUUUUUUUUUUUUUACUCUUUUUGGGGGAGAGCAAUGUUUCUUACUCUGUCCCUGAAAAUGGAAGUGUUAUAGGUGAGCGAGUGAGGAGGAUGCCAGGAUGUGCUCACCAACUGCAAAUCCCUGAGCUGCUCUCCUGUGGGGCACCCUGGCUGUUCUAACGCUGCAGUCCAUGGCAGGCCAUGUACAAGGCUCACUUCCCUCAGCUUUGCAGAGCCAGCACUGCACAAAAAAGUCCUUUUCCCAUCUGCAGACCAAGUGGUGUGGCUGGGCAGGGUCACAGUCAGGUUCCCCUGAUCUUCCUGAUAUCUCAGUACCAGGAUGAGUGGGUCAAUGACUUUCGCACCAGGGAGUCCUGCAGUGAGGGGCUGCCGUGCGUGCAUCUCACCAGCUUGCUGCAGUUGCAGCAUGGUCCAAAAAUACUUCAUUAUUUCUCUGAAGGAGGCUGAAAUCCUCCUUUCUUGCCAUUAGGGGCCGGCCUUUCCAAGGCAGAGGGAGUAAAGUAAG